AUGAUGAAUGCAAUUAGUGUUAAAUGUGAGAAGUUGAGCCCUGGAAAUAGAAGAAGUUUAUGUAUGGUGGAUUAUGAUAUUCCAGUUAAUAAUAAAUGUGUUAAAAGACGACGAAAAUCUCCGGUAGCUGCAGUUAUAGUGAAUGAUAACAACAACAAUGGCCAAAAAUUGGAUUCAUCAAAAGUUGAUCAAAGUAGUAGUAUUGUACAAACUCGUACUGUCAAGAGAAGUUCAAGAUUCAGAGGUGUUAGUAGGCAUCGAUGGACAGGGCGAUAUGAAGCUCAUUUAUGGGAUAAGGCUUCAUGGAAUGUAACUCAGAAAAAGAAGGGAAAACAAGUCUAUCUUGGAGCUUACGACGAAGAAGAAUCAGCAGCAAGAGCUUAUGAUUUGGCUGCAAUCAAGUAUUGGGGCACAACAACUUUCACCAAUUUUCCGAUAUCUGAUUAUGAGAAAGAAAUUGAGAUCAUGCAAAAUAUGACAAAGGAAGAACAUUUAGCCUCUUUAAGAAGAAGAAGCAGUGGUUUUGCCCGCGGAGUAUCUAAGUAUAGAGGAGUUGCGAGGCAUCAUCACAAUAACAGAUGGGAAGCAAGAAUAGGACGAGUUUUUGAUACUCAAGAAGAAGCAGCUCGAGCUUAUGAUAUUGCAGCGAUUGAAUACAGGGGAACUAACGCGAUGACAAACUUUGACAUGAACACAUACAUUAGAUGGUUAAAACCAGAUGCCAAUUCUCUAAUGCAAUUUCAAGAUUUAACAUCAGAAGAUCAGCCUAUACAAACUAGUAACACUAAUGAUAUGAUUAACCCGUUACACGACUCUUCAUACUCGUUUAACCACAAUCAUUUCACCACCACCACCAAUACUGAAAAACUGUAUGCUAUACCGCGUAGCCAGGAACCUAUUGAAAGAAAAAUGCCCUUAAGUUAUUGCAGGAAAUCAUCGUCACCUACUGCUUUAAGCCUUUUGCUUCGAUCCUCCAUGUUUCAAGAGCUCGUUGAGAAGAAUUCGAGCACUGAUUCUGAAGAGAGUGAAGAGAAUAACAUGAAACACGGAGCACAAUCAAACAGAGAAAAUGAUUUUUUAUUUUACACAAAUGAUAAGUUGCCAAAAUUGGAGUCUUUGGAAAAUGGUACAACUUCUUCUUCAGCUUUGUGUGAUAGAGAAGGGCAGCAGUACUUUGGGAUAGAUGAGUCGUAG